GACUUAUUCCCACUCCAUUAACCAAAACAGAGCCAAAAAAACACACUCUCCAAACCAAUCUCUCUUCUCUUCUCUUCAAAUUCUCCAUAUAUUCACACAUUCUUGUUUCUACUCUCUCUCUCUCUCUCUCUCUCUUCCACCUCUUCUUCUCUCUCUAUGAAACUAACUUCAAUAAAACCAGAAAAAGAGAGAGAAGCCAUGAGAAACAGCAUACGAUGUUGCAUAUCCUGUAUCCUCCCAUGUGGAGCACUCGACGUAAUCCGCAUAGUACACUGUAACGGCAGAGUAGAAGAAAUCAGCGGCACUAUCAAAGCAAGUGAAAUCAUGAAAGCAUAUCCAAAACACGUCCUCAAGAAACCCUCAUCUUCUUCCUCACAAGACGGCAGCGUUGUUCCUAAGAUCGUCGUUGUUCCGCCCGACGCCGACCUCCAGCGCGGCAAGAUUUACUUCCUCAUGCCUCUCCCUUCGCCGCCACCAGAGAAAAGUAACCACCGCCAUGUGAAAAACGGUAGAAAGAAAAGAAAAGAACAGAAUAAUAACAAUAACAAUAACAACAACAAUAGUACUGCUGCUAGUACUACUACUAACAACAACAACAACGUUGGAAACAGUGGUUUGGUUGUGUCUUCUGAUCAGUACUUGACUGAGAUUUUGUCUGAGAAACUUUCGUGUCAGAGAGACAGAAGAAGAGGACGUGUUGCUGUGUGGAGACCUCACUUGGAGAGUAUUUCUGAGUCACCGAAUCAUCUAUAACGGUUCAUCUUCUAUUUUUUUCUUUUUUUCUUCUUUGUUCUUCAUCUUUAAGCAACCAUUGUCCAUUUUUAAUUAUUUUAAGAACAUGUGUUUAUUUUCUUUCUGUUUUUGUUAUUAUUUUCUUAGUAAAGAAGAAAAUAAACUCUGUUUCUGCCAAUUCUGUGUACAUAUCAGGUUAAUAAUAAUUAGAUGUUAUAUA